AUGCUUCGCUUGUUCACCGGCUCCCGGCUGGCGGUUAGAGGCUUGGCCGCCGCGGCGUCUGCUGCUGAAGCCCCGGUGAAGAUUGACAAGGAGUCUCUAGCCAAACUGCGCAAGAAGACCGGAUACAGCUAUGUGAAUUGUCGCAAGGCGUUGGUUCAGUUCGGCUCCGACUUGGCGGAAGCGGAAAAGUGGCUGCGACAAAACGCGGAGAAGGAGGGUUGGGCGAAGGCUGCCAAGCUAUCGAGCCGUCAGACAACUCAGGGUUUGGUGGGCGUGAAAGCUGCUGGAAAGACCGCGGCCAUCGUCGAGCUGAGCUGCGAGACGGAUUUUGUCGCUCGAGGGGACCCAUUCAAGGACUUGUUGCGCACGCUAGUUGACGCAACCCUACAGCAUGCCGAAAAAACUGUGGCUUCAAGCGGCUCGACCCUGCAAAAGCAGAAUUUUGAUGUCGAGACAGUGAAAUCGGAUGACGGGAAAACACUAAAGGAAAUCGUGGCAAUGGCCGUCGGGCGACUCGGUGAAAAUAUUUCGAUGCGGCGCGUCGAGGCCUAUUAUGCCCCCGAGGGGUCAGUCCUGUACGGCGGCUCACAUCCGAAAGAGGGCACCGACGAGUAUCCGAUGGGCCGUUUCGUUUCCGUUGUUGCCAUUGCUAGAGCGCCCUCCGCGCAAUUCCCCACUGAACGUCUUGCCAACCAGCUCUGCCAGCAUAUUAUUGGGAUGAGGAGUGAAACCCUCGGCACCCCGGCCGUCCAGUCAAAGGACACGAAAAAGGAGGAAGCCGUCGAUAACCAGGACGACUUGAACGACUUUUUCAAGGGACAGACCACAAAUAUUGAUGCUGAAGAAACGCAGCUGCUGCGCCAGGCCUUUAUGCUGAACCCGAGCCAAACUGUUUACGAAUACGUCACCGGACACCACGCCAAGGUUCUCGAUUUCGCGCGCGCCGAGCUGGGCGGCGACUCCUCCGAA